UUUUAACGGACCUUAACACAAUGAGCAGGAGGUCUGACCUGCAGAGGGUACUGCUUGUUCUCCUGCUCUUCUGCUGUGUAAAUAUUUCCAUAGUAUCUUCUACAGGUGUGGGUAACUUAAUGGGAGUAUCCGACAGUUCCAAAUCUAAGUUUGUAGAAUCGGCGAAGGGUGCCGUAGAACGACCGUAUUUCGACGACGUGGGACCCCGGAACGUAACUGCCGUUGUGGGACAAUCUACCACCCUCCAUUGUAGAGUCAAACGUCCUGGCGACAGAACGGUCUCUUGGAUGCGCAAACGGGAUUUACAUAUUCUUACAUCAAGCAUACAUACGUAUACAGGGGAUGCAAGAUUUAGCGUCAGGCAUCCCGAACACAGCGACGACUGGGAUCUACGUAUAGAAUAUGUACAGAAACGAGAUGCAGGCGUCUACGAAUGUCAAGUAAAUACGGAACCUAAAAUUAAUAUGGCUGUCAUGCUCAACGUUGAGGACGCGACUUCCUUUGCAGCCUCGCACCCCGAGCCCAACCCGGAAGAUGCCCAGGCAACGAUAUCGGGGCCCUCGGAAGUAUUUGUGAAGAAAGGCAGUACAAUAUCACUUACAUGUAGCGUAAACGUUCAUUCCACACCACCAUCCUCCGUUUUAUGGUAUCACGGUCCAGCGGUGGUCGACUUCGACUCUCCACGCGGUGGAAUUAGUUUAGAAACGGAAAAAACAGAAGCGGGAACGACAAGUAAAUUGCUGAUCACUAAAGCAUUACUGUCUGAUUCUGGAAACUAUACGUGCGUACCGUCCAACGCAAGUCCUGCGUCAAGCAUCGUGCACGUUCUUAAUGGAGAGCACCCAGCCGCAAUGCAAACGAGCACAGCUAGUCCAAAACGCCAAGUUCUAGUAAUGGUAAUCGUAUCAGUACUGGUCUUAACUGAAAUUAGAUGAUCUCAUCUUUCCUAAUGAAGUUCGUUUAUUACUAUACGACUUUAACGAAAUAGUGCUAAUAAACUCAAGUGGUGUAAAUACUAGAAUAAGGUGUGACAAUGAAGUGAUUUGUGUUUCUCGAAAACUGAAACGUAUUUUUAAUUCAGAUGUGGUGCUAUGUUCUAUACUCACACCCCAUUGAAAACGAUAUCACCAAUGGUUGUGAAAGUGCUUAAAGCAAAUUUUUCGGUGGUAAAACGUAAACUUUUGAAUACGUCCAUGUCGUGUACAUACAAACGAUGUCGAUAUAAAUCAAACGGACUUAAAAAAUCAUAGAUUAUAAUAGAACUGUUCACUGUAAUAACUAUUAUUACAUGUUCAUAUUUUAUGUAGAUCUCCUUCACUGUUAGAUAUUACAACAUUAUUGAUUCUAGCUUAUUUUGAAAA